CCGUGGGGGUGCGCACUUGAGCUCACCAGUGGAGCCCGCUCGAUCUGAGAGAGCCACGGUGGAUGAGAAAGCUUUUGGGAUGGAAGUUUGGUGACGGAAAACGUUUAACCUAAUUAGUUGAACCGAUGAUAACUCGUGUCUCUCCCGACGCCGCUCACUCCUCGUCCCCUCUGCGGCGUCCGCCGAGAUCCCAGCCGAGCGCGCCGCCCGAACCAUCCGAUUCCACGGGCUAAGGUCCGCAGUAACCCUUCGGCUACCUACCGCCCCAUGCGAGCACCGACCGUGGAGGUCUCGCCGCUUCAGCCAUAAGACCAGAUAUCGUGACCGUGAGUUUUCGGUUUCUUGGAUGCGGGAUUUGGGCAAGUUGACGUCUUGAAAGCCGAAUAAUCGACCUAGAGGAUGUCGAAUAGCUCUGAUCUGUUACGAGGGAGGAGAGCGAUCGAUCGGAAGAGGAGGAUAAAAGCAGCGAUGCCUCUGUACGACUGCCUGUUCCUGGUGAAGCCUCACGUGCGGAAGGAGUCGCUGAUGGACCUGGUGGCGCGCGUGGGGAUCCAGGCUUACGAACGCAACGGUGUCAUCACCGACGUCAAAUCCUUCGGCACCGUCCAGCUCGGUUACGGCAUCAAGAAGACCGAUGGCCGCUACUACCAGGGCCAACUCAUGCAGAUGACAAUGAUGGUCCCACCCUCAUUUAAUCAGGAACUUCAGUACCUAAACAAGGAAGAUCAUCUACUGCGAUGGCUAAUCGUGAAACACAGGAAUGCAGUAUAUGGACUGGAGUUUAUCAAUGAGGACGAGGGAAAAGAUGAGCUGAGCAUGUUCCGAAGUGGCAGCUUGUUCAACAAGGGAGAUAAUGAGGAUGACGAUGACGAUGAUGACGACGGUGAUGAAGAAUAUGAUGUGGAAUAGACAGUAUGUUUUGUUGCCCGAUGGUUAAGCUUUUCGUCUUACUCCAUGAAAAUUUGAAGAAUUAUUUGAGUGGAGGUUGAAGAAUCAGAAAUAACAUGUCCAAGACUAGUCCAGUUAAAGCCAUUAACAAUUAAAUCUUUGUCAUAUAACUGCUGUUCUACUACUGUUCACUAGUAGUUUUAGCAUUUCA